UCCAGCACCUGGAUGCUUCUACCUGCAAGAGACUCCUUAUGGAUCUUUGUAAGGAACUCCAUGUGCAAGAUGUCAGUCAUCUCAUUUCUGCAGUGAAAGUUCAAUGUAAACAACCCGAAUCUGCCUUCAAGCUGGAGAAGAUCCUACAUGACAUCACCACAGUCCUGACCAAUCCCAGGGCUCCGUUGGGUUUGCUGAGGCAGCGUGCACAAACCAACCUAGAGCUCAGCAAGGAGGCGGAGUUUGAGCUGAUUGUUCCCACCCUGGAGGUUUGGAGCCGACAACUAACCUCUCUAGCAGAUCUUCAUCGUGCCCUCAUCCGACUGGAGAAGAGGUUGUUGCCAUGGCAGCCAGAGGGCAACAUCACCGCUCCUUCAGAUCCCGUGCGGAUGGAAGACUUGAUGCUUAUCGUCGACACGCUACUCGAUGAGACGGCAUCAGAUGACAAGGUUCUGCGGAGCCCCACCAGACACACCCUGGAGUCCAUGGUCGCCCACUUCCAGAAACUCUUCGACACCCCGUCGCUGACAGGAAUCUAUCCUCGCAUGAACGAGGUCUACACUAAGCUGGGCGAGAUGAACAACGCCAUGAGGAAUCUCAGAGACAUUUUAGAUUUGGAUGAUAAAGCGCCUCCUAGCGAGGUCAUGAACAAGGUUGCCGCAAUCGUGUCGCAGUCAAGAAACGCCGCAGGUCACGAGCUCUACAGCCUUCUGGAAAGCAGUGACAUUGACAGUAUCAUUGUAAAGCUGAAGGAACAUGAGGAAUUCUUUCCGGUUUUCCACUCGUUCAUACUGGACCUUCUGCAAACUCUGGACGUCCCAACUCUAGAUGACGUUUUACCAGCAAUACGUUCUCUCAAUGGCUGAUGUUUUGUGAAGCACCAUGUGGUUUCACACCUGAAUUUACAUGUUUUACUGAGUUUAUUGUAUUGCAAGUGUUCAUAUUUUAUAAAUAAAUGUGCAUUGCUGCUGUGUAUUUUCUGAAUCCGCUCACAACAGCAGUUUAUCUUACUCUUCAACCAACAGGUUUGUAUUCAAAACUUUGUUAUAUAAGAAACAGUUUAUGUUGACAGCUAUUGUUCAGGUUUGCAACCGUCCAUCAGUCUUUGUCCUCUGAAGCACUGGCGUGUCCCUGAAGUUUCUCCAUGAUCAGACUGUUGGAAGGUGCGUUAGUGAUGAGCGUUAAGACAAACGUGGACGUCCCCUUUAAGACGUGCCGUAUGACCAUACAUGACGCCAGGUCCUCGAUGUGAAAGCCAGCGUGACGCUCAACGUCUUGCUGUAGAAUCAAGUCCGGCGUCUGAUCGCCAAAAAACUGCAACAGAAAACACUGUUUUUUCUGAAGUUGUCACUUAUAGACAGACGGACGU